UGUGUUUUAUUAAUAGAGAUCGAGUUAAAGCAUGGAGAUGAGCAAAGGCAGUUCCAUCCUAAUUGUGAUGCUAUUUUUGGUAUCAUGUAUGAUCCAGGCCAAUGCAUAUUAUUACAGGCAAUGUAGCACCAAAGGAACUCGUUGCUAUGGAAAGUACAUUAGAUGUCCAGAUGAGUGCCCAAGCAGUGAAUCAACAGAUCCUAAGGCUAAGGUUUGUCAAAUUGAUUGUGACAAACCUAUAUGCAAAGCUGUUUGCAGAAGUCGCAAACCAAACUGCAACGCGCCAGGAUCAGGGUGUUAUGACCCUCGUUUCAUUGGUGGGGAUGGGAGAGUAUUCUACUUCCACGGAAAGAGCAAUGAACACUUCACCUUAGUCUCAGACUCAGCCCUUCAAAUCAAUGCUCGCUUCAUUGGACACAGGCCAGCAGGUAGAGCCCGAGACUACACAUGGAUUCAAGCCCUAGGAAUCCUCUUCAACUCUAAAACCUUCUCACUUGAAGCCCCCAAGACACCCCAAUGGAAUGAAAAUGUUGAUCAUCUCAAAUUCACAUACAAUGGCAACCCUCUUGUUGUCCCUGAGGGCCCUCUUUCCACUUGGCACUCUCCACAAAAGGAUGUGAAAGUGGAGAGAGUGGCUUCCAUGAACAGUGUCAUUGUCACACUAGAGGAUGUUGCUGAAAUAUUGGUCAAUGUGGUGCCUGUGACCAAAGAGGAUGAUACUAUUCACAACUACCAAGUGCCUAGUGAUGAUUGCUUUGCUCACUUGGAGGUUCAGUUCAGGUUCUUUGGGUUGUCCCCUAAAGUAGAGGGUGUGCUUGGGAGAACUUAUAGAGAAGAUUUUGAGAAUCCUGCAAAGGUUGGUGUGGCAAUGCCUGUUGUUGGAGGAGAGGACACAUACAGGACUACCUCCUUGCUUUCUCCAAAUUGUGCUGCUUGUGUUUUCUCACACCAAACCUCAUAUGACAAAGAGACCACUAAAGUGAGUUCAGAGUUAAUGGGCACCCUUGAUUGCUCCAAGUUUUCUUAUGGAUUGGGAAUUGUUUGCAGGAAAUGAGAAACGUCAUUAAUUAUAUUACAGUGUUGGCUAGGCCACUGUCAAAAAAGUGAAUAACCAAGGUUGAGGUGAAAGUCUGAAACCUUCUAAAAAAUAAUUAUUGAACAGUGGUCACUUUCUUUGUAGUAUGAGUCUGUUGCUCAAUGGUGUGCAAGUCUUAUUGUAUUAAUGUGUUUAACUUUUGAAUAAGUGUAUUAAAAAAAAAAAUUCACCUGAUCUCUGUGCCACCUGUACCAAUAACUUGUUGAACACUAUAUCUAUUAUGAAAAUUUCAAAUUAUAAUACAAUCUCCAUUGCUACCUUCUUCCUCUUGACAGAACAGGACU